UUACAAUCUUAUUCGAUAAAAUAAACGCUAUUUUCUUUAUAAUACGUCUCGACGUUGCCUGCUUUAUUGAGUGGGAUAAUCUGCAGUAUAAAAUCCAUGACCACACCCGUCUGUGAUUACAAAGUGAAAGUAAAAUAAAACAACAAUAAAUAAAACGCGCGUUAGUGUCUCAGCAGCAGCCCUGGCUUUCAUUUCUAAGAGGAGCAAACUGUUCUUUCUCUAACAGGGCGGGGGAUCAUGUCUGAAGAACAAGAGGCUGAAGAAACUGUUUCUCAAGAGCUGCACAGCCCCUCUGAGCUGAGGAUCGUGCUGCUUGGGAGAGGCUGGGCUGGGAAGAGUCCAGCAGGAAACACCAUCCUGGACAGAACAGAGUCUAUAUCUGGAUUCAGCUCCUCUGCAGUAACGAGAGAGUGUGAGAAGAGAGCAGGAGAAGUGUCUGGGAGACGGGUCACUGUGGUCGACACUCCAGACUUGUUAGACACAGACCGGGUUGAGAUUGAGAGAUGUGUUUCUCUGUCUGCCCCGGGACCCCACGCUUUCCUCCUGGUGAUACCCGUGUAUACAAAAGAAAUGACUGACUCUGUCCGUGAGUCUAUAGUAGAAGAGUGUUGCGAAUCCUUUGAUAAAGUGCAGGAGCUGUUUGGUGAGAGAGCUGUGAGGAACACGAUGAUCCUUUUCACCCGCGGGGAUUAUCUGAGAGGCAGGACGAUUGAGCAGCACAUUGAGGAAGCUGGUGAGGAGCUCCAGCAGCUUGUUGAGAAAUGUGGGAACAGGUAUCAUGUUCUCAACAAUGAGGACAGGAGCGAUCGCACUCAGGUCACACAGCUCCUGGACAAGAUAGACAACAUGGUGAAGGGAAGUGGAGGCUGCUACCUCCCAAUAUCAUAUGAGAUUUACCAGCAGGUAGAAGAAAGGAUUAGACUAAAGGAACAGGAGCUCAAUGAGAAACACAAAGAGGAGCUGAGCAGGAAAGAAGAGGAGAUGAAACAGAAAUAUGAGGAGGAACAGAGGAGGAGAGAAGAGGAGCUGAUGGAGAAGUUGAGGAAGGAAAUGAAGGAAGAGGAGCUGGAGAAAGAGGCAGAGGAGUCCAAGCUGCCUGUCAGGAGAAGGAACAGCAUUGAAGGAGAUCGUCCCAACUUGUCUGGAGGUGAAGGAGAGGCUCCCCUUGCAGAUAACCAAGCGCCUCCCAGCCCCCCUGAGCUGAGGAUGGUGCUGCUUGGGAAGACUGGGGCUGGGAAGAGUGCAGCAGGAAACACCAUCCUGGGCAGAGAGGAGUUCAGAUCUGAAGCCAGCUCCUCUGCAGUAACGAGGGAGUGUGAGAAGAGAAAAGGACAAGUGGCUGGGAGACCUGUUGCUGUGAUCGACACCCCAGAGCUCUCUCAGGACAAACUCCAGAUUAGGAGCUGUGUCUCUCUGUCUGCCCCGGGACCCCACGCUUUCCUCCUGGUGAUACCGGUGGGCCGAUUCCCAGAGGAAGAGAGGAGAGCGGUGGAGACAGUCCAGGAGAUAUUCAGUGAGGAGGCUGUGAGGAGCUACACGAUGCUGCUUUUCACACACGGUGACAAACUGAAAGGCAAGACCAUUGAGGAUUAUAUUCAGAGAGGCAGCAAGGAGCUCCAGCAGCUUGUUGAGAAAUGUGGGAACAGGUAUCAUGUUCUCAACACUGAGGACAGGAGCGAUCGCACUCAGGUCACACAGCUCCUGGACAAGACAGACAACAUGGUGAAGGGAAACAACGGCAGCUACUACACCAGUGAGAUGUACCAGCAAGCAGAAGAGAAGGCUGGAGAAGUGAGGCUAAGGAAGAAGAGAGAAGAGCAGAUUGACAGGGUGGGAUAUGAAAAGAGCAAACUGCUAAAGGAGAGGCCAGGAGAGCUGGAGCUACAACUGGAGCUGAGGAGAGAGAAGGAGAAAUCCAGAGUGCUGGAGCGGGAGCUGAAGAGAGCACAAGAGGGGGAGCAAGAGCUGAAGAAACAGAGGGAGAAAAGGAGAGAGCUGGAGGAGGAGCAGGAGAGAGAGAGGGAGAAAUCCAGAGUGCUGGAGCGGGAGCUGAAGAGAGCACAAGAGGGGGAGCAGGAGCUGAAGAAAGAGAGGGAGAAAAGGAGAGAGCUGGAGGAAAAGUCACCUGAAAAUCAAUCUCUCAGUUCCUCAGCGGCAGUAUUUGGAGGGUCAGUAGGGGCAGCAAUAGGGGCCGUAGCUGGAGUCAUAUGGGGGCCAGUAGGAGCUGCAGCAGGAGUGCUGAUAGGAGCUAUACUAGGAGCAGCAACAGCAACAAUAUUAGGAACACAGGCAGCAAAAGAGCCACACAAAACACAGCGAAGGCGCAGCGGCACUGAAUCAAUAAAAACAGUAGAGAUCAAGCUACCUUUGGACUCCAGCGCCGUUGCCUUCAAUAGGGAGCAGAAGAAGGGAGAGAUGGCGGCCGCCGGUUCGGGCCCUGGGCGGGGGAUCAUGGCUGAAGAAACUGUUUCUCAAGAGCUGCGCAGCGCCUCUGAGCUGAGGAUCGUGCUGCUUGGGAGAGGAAGGGCUGGGAAGAGUGAAGCAGGAAACACUAUACUGGGCAGAGCGGAGGGAAGAUCGGGAUUCAGCUCCUCUACAGUAACGGAGUGUGUGAAGAGAGCAGGAGAAGUGUCUGGGAGACGGGUCACUGUGGUGGACACUCCAGACUUGUUAGACACAGAGCGGGUUGAGAUUGAGAGAUGUGUUUCUCUGUCUGCCCCGGGACCCCACGCUCUCCUCCUGGUGAUACCCGUGUGUACAAAAGAAACGAUUGACUCUUACUGUGAGUCUAUAGUAGAAGAGUGUUGCAUAUCCUUUGAUAAAGUGCAGGAGCUGUUUGGUGAGAAAGCUGUGAGGAACACAAUGAUCCUUUUCACCCACUGGGAUUAUCUGAGAGGCAGGAAGAUUCAGCAGUACAUUGAGGAAGCUGGAGAGGAGCUCCAGCAGCUUGUUGAGAAAUGUGGGAACAGGUAUCAUGUUCUCAACAAUCAGGACAGGAGCGAUCGCACUCAGGUCACACAGCUCCUGGACAAGAUAGACAACAUGGUGAAGGGAAACAACGACAGCUACUACACCAGUGAGAUGUACCAGCAAGCAGAAGCAAAGAUCAGACAAAGACAAGAGGAGAUACUGAAGGAGAAGGAAGAGACAAUACUGAGGGAGGAAGAGGAGCUGAGGGCAAAGCACCUGAAAGAACUGGAGAACACAGACAUGAAGAUGAGAUUGGAAAUCCAGAAAAGAGACGAGAAGAUCAGAGAGCUGGAGGAGAGGAUCAGAGAGCUGGAGGAAGAGCUGAGGAAAGAACAGGGAGAGAAUCACAGGAUCAAACUGGAGGAAGAGCUGAGGAGAAAGAGAGAGGAGAGAGAAAGAGCGGAGCGAGAGAAGGAGGAUUGCAUGGAAAAGGGGGAGAGAGAGAGGGGAGAGUACGAGGAGAAACACAGGAGAGAGAUAGAGGCGGUCAGGCAGCGCUACGAGGAAAUCAUCAGACCAAAAGCAGAGAGAUUCAAUGAGUUUAUCAGCACGUAUGAAAAGCCCGCUGAAGCGAGAGGAGAAAAGGAGCAAACUGUUCUUUCUCUAACAGGGCGGGGGAUCAUGGCUGAAGAAACUGUUUCUCAAGAGCUGCUCAGCGCCUCUGAGCUGAGGAUCGUGCUGCUUGGGGGAGGAUGGGCUGGGAAGAGUGCAUCAGGAAACACCAUCCUGGACAGAGCGGAGGGAAGAUCGGGAUUCAUCUUCUCCGCUGUAACAAAGGAGUGUGAGAAGAGAACAGGGGAAGUGUCUGGGAGACAGGUCACUGUGGUCAACACUCCAGACUUGUUAGACACAGACCGGGUUGAGAUUGAGAGAUGUGUUUCUCUGUCUGCCCCGGGACCCCACGCUUUCCUCCUGGUGAUACCCGUGUAUACAAAACAAACGAUUGCCUCUCACCGUGAGUCUAUAGUAGAAGAGUGUUGCAGAUCCUUUGAUAAAGUGCAGGAGCUGUUUGGUGAGAGAGCUGUGAGGAACACGAUGAUCCUUUUCACUCGCUGGGAUUAUCUGAGAGGCAGGAAGAUUCAGCAGUACAUUGAGGAAGCUGGAGAGAAGCUCCAGCAGCUUGUUGAGAAAUGUGGGAACAGGUAUCAUGUUCUCAACAAUAAGAAGAGGAGCGAUCGCACUCAGGUCACACAGCCCCUGGACAAGAUAGACAACAUGGUGAAGGGAAGUGGAGGCUGCUACCUCCCAAAUGAGAUUUACCAGCAGGUAGAAGAAAGGAUGAGACUAAAGGAACAGGAGCUGAAUAAGAAACACAAAGAGGAGCUGAGCAGGAAAGAAGAGGAGAUGAAACAGAAACAUGAGGAAGAACAGAGGAGGAGAGAAGAGGAGCUGAUGGAGAAGUUGAGGAAGCAAAUGAAGGAAGAGGAGCUGGACUUUCUCCGCUCCUUAGGAAAAAAAAGCUGCCUGUCAGGAGACGGAACAGCACAAUUCUUACCCCAGCAGAAGUUUGUUUAUAUGUUCGUAUGCUGUUCUCUGGAAGCCUCUCUGGAGAAAAGCCUCCGCUGA